UACAUAUCGGUAGACAAAAAAAAAAAUUUGUAGUAAAACCAAAAAAAUUUUAGUUUCCGUUUUUCACUCUGUGACAAAAAUUAAAUUUUCUUUUUCUAUACUAGUAACAAGCGGACUACAUUUUGGUUAAAUUCUUAUUAAAAAAUUAGUCAGUGCUUUAACUUCCGCCUUCCGAGAAAAAAAAAACAUGUUCGGACUAACGCGCCGCGUUAUCUUUCGCGUCGGCAAGACGAAAGCCUUGUGUCGACAGUUUGCAUCGCAGGCAAUUAACCAGAUGCUGAUGCUCCAGCAGAUGGACAUUUGCGCAGAUCAACCGUCGCGCGGUCUGGUCAUCGGCGUCUAUGCCGAUGAAGAAGACAAAAACGAUGCCGGCAUCCUCACUGCAAGCGGCUGGCGGUACAAUGUCCAGAAGACAAACGGUCGUUUGAUUGAGGUGCUGCGGAUGUCGGGGCCCAUGCCAAAACGUGGAGAGGCCCGCCUUCUCUUCGCCAUCGAACCGGAUCGCAUUCCCUAUUAUUCCGUAGUAGCUGUUGUCGGAUUGGGCAAAGAGUGUCUAGGAUACAACCCCUAUGAGGUGCUCGAUGAGCAAAAAGAAGCCAUUCGACGCUCUGUGGCAAAGGCCUGCCAGAUUUUAGCAGAAUUAGACACAGACAGAAUUGAAGUAGAGAACUGUGGCCAUGCCGAAUCUGCAGCUGAAGGAGCCGCAUUGGGUAUUUGGGCCUAUCAAGAAAUGAAAGACCCCAAAAAAAGAAUUUCCGUGCCUUCGAUCGAUCUCUACGCCCUCAAGGAUGAGCCUUGCGACAUUGAAGGUUGGCGCAUUGGACUGCAGAAAGCUGCUGCGCAGAAUCUGACUCGGCAGCUUCAGGAAAUGCCUUCCAAUUUACUGACACCAACAGCAUUCGCCCAAAAUGUUGUCGAGGUUCUGUGUAAGUCGGGUGUCAAUGUGGAAGUCAAGGUAGAGGGCUGGGCCGAGAGCCAGUCGAUGCAUGCCUUCCUGGCAGUUGGCAAAGCUUCUUGUGAACCACCCAUCUUCCUCGAAUUGAGCUACUACGGCACUUGUGCAGAGGAGCGUCCCAUCGUAUUGGUCGGACAAGGCAUCACCUAUGAUGCCGGUGGUUUGUGCCUCAAAAAGCGACAAGAACUGUACCAUAUGCGUGGCGAUAUGACAGGAGCAGCUGUUGUAGUAGCUACCUGCCGUGCCGUAGCGGGUUUACGUUUGCCAGUCAACAUUCGCGGUCUCAUUCCACUUUGUGAAAACGUAGUUGGUUGCAAUUCAUUCCGUCCCGGCGACAUGGUCAAAUCGAUGAAUGGCAAGACUAUCGAAGUUCAGUGUACCGACCAUGAGGAUGUCUUGGUUUUAGCUGACGCAUUGCUCUACGGUCAGAACUUCUGCCCCAAGUGUAUCAUCGACAUUGGCACUUGCUCGGGAUACAUGCGCCAAGCCUUGGAUGAGGCCGCUUGUGGUGUAUUUACAAAUUCUGAAAUCCUAUGGCAACAAAUUAAGCAUGCCAGCAUGCAUACUGGUGAUCGCGUUUGGCGUUUCCCUCUAUGGAAUUACUACAGCAAGGCCGUCCGUGCCGGACAGCGCAGCGAUGUCCAGAACUACGGCAUUGGCCGUGGUGGUCGUCCCUGCAAAGCCGCUGCUUUCCUUCGUGAAUUUGUUCCCUGCGGACAAUGGAUGCAUAUCGAUGCUACCAAUGUGAUGACUACAAACGGCAUAGAUUUCGAGUACUUGCGUCGCGGCAUGGCUGGACGUCCUACCCGGACGCUGAUUGAAUUCAUUGCCCAGACCAUCUGCAAGGAUACAGCUCCGAAGAUUGGAAAAUAAGAUUUUCAAUUUCUUCGGAAAUUGGAAUUUAGUCCACCUUUCGAUCGUUGGUCAAUCAAGAAGUGCAUCACUCAAAUUGAUCGGAAGUGUUCUAAUUAAUAUUGUUUUGUAUUAAGUUUUCCGAUAUGUUCAUAAAUUCUAGUUAAAUUUACU